AUGUGGCUCCGCUAUGUAGACGACACCUUUGUCGUAAUAAAGAACCGCGACGUCGAAAGGCUACAUCAGAGGCUGAAUGAAGUCUUUCCGGCCAAACAAUUUACCCGCGAAGAGGCAGUAGGAGACAGUCUGUCGUUUCUGGACGUGAAAAUACAAAGGCUGGAUGACGAUUACCUCGCAACCAGCGUCCAUAGAAAAGGGUCUGAUUCUGAGAUCAUCCUCAAUUAUGGAAGCAAUCACCCUGCGGCUCACAAAAGAAGCUGCGUCCGAACCCUCUUCCACCGGGCCUACCGGUAUUGCAGCAAUGAAGAUCUGCUGAAGAAAGAACUAGGCUUUCUAUAUCGGCUAUUUCGAUCUAACGGAUACCCAGUCAGUUUCGUGAAGAACUGCCUCAGACGUCAGGCACAACCUCGAGACCCCUCCUCAGAUAGAGAAACCGUGACGCGGAAAUUCUUCUCCCUGCCCUAUAUGCAGGGGACCUCAGAAAUGAUCGCCCGUCAGUUAAGUCAGUUCGGUAUUCGCGUUUCCCACAAGCCUGCAUCCUCGCUGCGCACAGUCUUAACUCCAGUAAAGGAUUCUAUCCUCAAAGAGGAACAGACUAACGUCAUUUAUCGCAUCCCGUGUGCCAAUUGUCCCUGCGUAUAUGUUGGUCAUACAGGACGACGCCUGGGAACUCGUAUUAAUGAACACAAACUAGCUGUCCGUCGCCGUGAUCUACUGUCCCUCGUCUUUGCACACGCACUCCAGUGCGACCACCGUUUUAAUUGGGAUAACACCGAGGCCAUCGCCACGGCCAACACAAAACGGGCGAGAGAAUUCCUAGAGGCAUGGCACUCUAACGCGGAUAGCAUCAACCGCCAUGUUGACCUAGACGUCCAUUAUGAGGGCCUAAGAUCACGCCUCACUAAGCCGAGCCCCACGCCGCAUCAGCAGCCGCUAAUCCAGGCGCCCGCAGUUCUGCCAACCUACCAUUCUCCCUCCCCUCCAACACGGGAGCCGUAA